AAAGACAAUGCACAGAUCGGAAUUCACGACUUUGCACCUAUAAGAGCGCCCUCGAAAGGGUGCUGGCGAUUUACUUGAUUUGGACUCUGGUGCGAGCAACAUGUCGUUUCCUGUCAUUUGUGUGUUUUGUUUGCUGGUCCUUGCCCACUGCGACGCGUCCGACAAAAUUUUCAAAAGCAACAAGUGCGGCGGCAUUUGCGAAUCAAAUCACAAACAUUCAGAGAACCUCGGUAGAAAAACUGUAGAUGAGCCUACUUCGGGGAGUACAAUUUUAGGGAGAGGUGUGCGCCCUUUUGACCCCAUCCUGGCGCUGAUUCUCGCCCUCCAGGUGAAGAUUCUACUGGCCCUGCCACUGUUCCUGUUGGCCGCCGGCCUCAUCGGCCUCAAGUCGUUGGCCGCCAGUCUGGUGUCGGCGUUCCUUUCGGGCGCCUCUCUGCUCCGUUCCUUGCUUCCCACCAGCAACAGCAACAACUCGAACCGACCUAGCGGCGCCUCCAGCAGGGUGGCCUACGAGGUCAGAUCGGGCCAGCCACAACAGGACUUCACCCCAUACGUGUACCCACCCAGUGCGCUCGGCGUCCUGCCCGCUGCCAGGCAACCUGACCUCAGGGUCAUCAGCGCUGCCGCCAACAAUUAA